AUGACUACUUCGCUUCCAGCAAGUUCGGGUAGGAAAAAACCUUUUAUAAUACAUAAGCAAGCACGUGAAAUGGCGAGAAAUGUCCUACAGAUGUGUGUUGAAGAGAAAAAAGAGAAUAAAUUCGCUUUUCCCGUUAACAAUGCUUUAGAUCGAGCGGCCCGUUACACUGGACUUACUAAAAGAACAUUGUCUAGAAUUCAAACAGAAGCAAAAAAUGGACCUCUUCAUUCGCCUUCUAAAAAAGGGAAAUCGUUAGAUGAUGGUAAUGGCAAUGACCAUGACGAUGUCGAUGACGAUGAAGAUAACGAUGACGACGACGAUAAACAUGACGAUGAAGAUGACGAUGACAAUGACAAUGACGAUUUCGAUGACGAUGACGAUGACGAUGUAGAUGAUCAUGACGAUGAUAAUGACGAUGAUAACGUUGACGAUGACGAUGACAAUGACGAUGACGAUGACGUUGUCGAAUAUGACGUUGAAAAUGGCGAUGACGAUUUCAAUGACGAUAACUAUGACGAUGACUAUGUCGAUGAUGAUGACAAUGACGAUGACGAUGAUGAUGACGACGACGAUAAACAUGACGAUGAAGAUGACGAUGACGAUGACAAUGACGAAAUCGAUGACGAUGACGAUGACGAUGAUGAUGAUCAUGACGAUGAUAAUGACGAUGAUAACGUUGACGAUUAUGAUGACAAUGACGAUGACGAUGACGUUGUCGAAUAUGACGUUGAAAAUGACGAUGACGAUUUCGAUGACGAUGACGAUGACGAUGAUCACUACGAUGAUAACGAUAACGAUGAUGAUGACAAUGACGAUGACGAUGACGAUGUCGAUUAUGACGUUGGCAAUGGCGAUGACGAUUUCGAUGACGAUGACUAUGACGAUGACGAUGAUGAUGAUGAUGACGAUGAUCAUUACGAUGACGAUGUCGAUGAUGACGUUAACAACGGCGAUGACGAUUUCGAUGACGAUGGCGAUGACGAUAAUGAUGAUAAUGACGAUGACGGUGACGAUGACGAUGACGAUGACGAUAAUGAUGAUAACGACGAUGACGUUGACGAUGACGAUGACGAUGAUGACAAUGAAAAUAACGAUGAUAAUGACGAUGACGGUGACGAUGGCAAUGACGAUGGCGACCAUGAUGACGACAACGAUGAUAUUUACGAUGAUGGUGACGAUGACGGUGAUGACGACGAUGAUGACGAUGACAAUGAUGAUGAUGAUGAUGAUGGUGGUGGUGACGAUGAUGAUGAUGACGAUAAUGACGAUGACAAUGAAUAUGACGAUGUCGAUGAUGACGUUGGCAAUGACGAUGACGAUUUCGAUGACGAUGACUAUGACGAUGACGACGAUGAUGAUGUUGACGAUGAUGAUUACGAUGAUUAUGAUGAUGACAAUGACGACGACGAUGUCGAUGACGAUGACAAUGACGAUGACGAUGAUGAUGACGACGACGAUAAAAAUGACUAUGAAGAUGACAAUGACGAUGACGAUGACGAUGAAAAUGACGGUGAUAAUGACGAUGACGAUUACAAUGACGAUUUUGAUGACGAUGACGAUGAUGAUGACGAUGACGAUGAUGCUUAUGACGAUGAUGAUGACGAUGAUAACGAUGACGAUGAUGGUGACAAUGACGAUGUCGAUGAUGACGUUGGCAAUGGCGAUGACGAUUUCGAUGAUAAUGAAUAUGACGAUGAUAAUGAUAUGACAAUGACGACGACGAUGACGAUGACAAUGACGAUGGCGAUGAUGAUGACGACGACGGUAAAAAUGACUAUGAAGAUGACAAUGACGAUGAAUGACGAUGAAAAUACUUACAAUGACGAUUUUGAUGACGAUGACGAUGACUAUGAUGAUGAUCAUGACGAUGAUAGUGACGAUGAUAACGAUGACGAUAAUGAUGACAAUGACGACGACGAUGACGAUGUCGAUGAUGACGUUGAAAAUGGCGAUGACGAUUUCGAUUACGAUGACGAUGACGAUGAUCAUUACGAUGUUAACGAUGACGAUGACGAUAACUCAAUGACGAUGACGAUUACGAUGUCGAUGAUGACGUUGGCAAUGGCGAUGACGAUUUCGAUGACGAUGACUAUGACGAUGACGACGAUGAUGAUGAUGACGAUGAUGAUUACGAUCAAGAUGACAAUGACGAUGACGAUGACGUGA